AGUUGCUACUCAAAAUAAGCAAACAAGAACACGAAACAAAUGUGAACUUCUCCACAUAAGAUAACCACUCUCCAACCAAUGACCACGUUUAAGAAAUAAUCAAGUACAUUCAACCACACCGUUCUCUAACCUACGCUACAGUUCGUGCUUAUCAUUCUCUUUUUUCUCUCUCCUAUUCUCAUCCUCAGCUACCUUUUCCCCCCACCGGCGUUUCAGGAUUCCGGUGAUUACACUGCCGCCUAGCCGGAAAAACCCCUUCAGAGAUUAUAGUCAUUCAUUCUUCUCUAGCUUUAAUAUUGAUUUUGAAAAAGUUGAAAAAAUCAGUUGGGGUUCUCUUCUUUGAUCACUUAAAGAUUGAAUCUUUUCUAUAUUGUGCUAGAAAUGUUCGGAUUUUUCUUCUGUGUUUGAACAGAAACUUAUAGAGAGGUUAAAGAAUCCAAAAUUUUCUCACAUUUAGUGCUCGGAUUUGAACAUUUUGAUAGACAUUAUUUGUCUUUGUAACACGUAGGGUUCUCCUAGAUUUGUUCAAUUUAUCAAGUAACUGGACUAGGAAUAAUUUUUUUUAGUUUCUAAUUGGUUUUGGAUCCUAUUUUUAGUGGUAGUGUUCGAGUCAGUUUGUGUGCAGUUUGAGUGAUCCACUGGAAAAUCUGCUACAAUUUAUGAAUACAAGUGUCGGGUAAACCUGUUGAUGGGAUUUCGGAUCCUACAUUAUCCGAAAGGCAUGAGCUUUUUGGUGUAAAUUGAAGUGUAUGGGAGGGAUAUGUGCAGAAUAGAGGGAGAAAUGGAAGAGAGAGAAAGGAGGAGAAGGAGGUGGGGAUUGGGUGUAAUGGGGCUAAAAGGGACAACUUUAGGAGUUAGUCGUGUGGAGAAACUGAAGAGUUCCGUAGUUUUUUCGCGGUCUAGAAUGAAGUUAUGGAUGAUAAGGGCUACAACAAUGGUAUUGUUGUGGACUUGUUUGGUCCAAUUGACAACAUUGGGGGAACUUUGGGGGCCUAGAGUUUUGAAAGGUUGGCCUUGUUGCUUUUCUCAGGAGUCUGCUGCAGCAUUGGUUGUUAAAUCGCGACUCGAGGUCCCUGCUAGAGUUCUUCCCCCUAAGAGGGUUUACAAGAAUAAUGGUUAUCUCAUGGUUUCAUGUAACGGAGGUCUUAAUCAAAUGCGGGCAGCAAUAUGUGAUAUGGUUGCUAUUGCGAGAUAUUUGAAUGUGACUCUUAUAGUGCCUGAGCUAGAUAAAACCUCCUUUUGGGCUGAUCCAAGUGAGUUUCAAGACAUAUUUGAUGUUGAUAAUUUUAUAAUGUCUUUGAGGGAUGAAGUUCGAAUAUUGAGAGAGCUACCCCCGAGACUGAAGAGGAGAGUACAGCUAGGAAUGAUUUAUACCAUGCCUCCUAUUAGUUGGUCUGAUAUUUCUUACUACCACAAUCAGGUCCUUCCUUUAAUUCGGAAAUACAAAGUUGUUCACUUGAAUAGAACUGAUGCUCGGCUUGCUAAUAAUGGUCAACCUUUGGAAAUUCAGAAGCUGCGGUGCCGAGUCAAUUUUAGUGCCUUAAAAUUCACCCCUCAGAUAGAAGAGUUGGGUAAAAAGGUUAUUCGACUUCUCAGGCAAAAAGGUCCUUUUAUGGUGCUGCACCUGAGAUAUGAAAUGGAUAUGUUAGCUUUCUCUGGUUGUACUCAGGGCUGCAACAAGGAGGAGGUUGAAGAGUUGACAAGAAUGAGAUACGCUUAUCCGUGGUGGAAAGAAAAAAUCAUAAACUCUGAUUUGAAAAGGAGAGAUGGUUUCUGUCCUUUGACACCCGAGGAGACUGCUUUGACAUUAAGGGCAUUGGACAUUGAUCCUAGCAUCCAAGUUUAUAUUGCUGCUGGGGAGAUAUAUGGCGGAACAAGGAGAAUGGCUAGUCUUACGGCAGCUUAUCCAAAUCUGGUGAGGAAGGAAACACUACUUGAGCCUUCUGAGCUUAGGUUCUUUCAAAAUCACUCUUCACAGAUGGCAGCAUUAGAUUAUCUUGUUUCACUGGAGAGUGAUAUUUUUGUCCCGACAUAUGAUGGAAACAUGGCUAAAGUUGUUGAAGGACAUCGCAGAUAUCUUGGAUUCAAGAAAACGAUCUUGCUGGACAGAAAGCAUCUAGUAGAUUUGAUAGACCAAUAUAAUGCUGGAUCCUUGACGUGGGAUGAGUUUUCUGCUGCUGUUAAGGAAGCUCACGCUGAACGCAUGGGAAACCCUACAAAGAGGUUGGUGAUUCCAGACCGGCCUAAAGAAGAGGAUUAUUUCUACUCCAACCCGUGGGAAUGCUUAGAACCAUCUAAUGAGGAUGAAACAUCAAGUAGCAUUUAAAACACGGUGGUGGUUACAUUUGGUUAGAAGAAAAGACUACCCAUGCAGUUCCGUUACAUGCUUAGAGAAUACUCUUCAACACUGCAUGACAGUUCAGAAAGCAGAUUAUCGCAUGGAGGCGGUUGAAGUUCAGGGAAGGUGCAUUUUAAUGCCCCAGUAGAUGUAGGAAGCGCUCGGGAAUGGUACAUUAGAAUGUUCUACGCAAAUUAACAACCGAAUUCAUGUAUAUAGGAGCUGCACUCCGUUUGCGAGUUACAUCACUGCAGCCUGCAGUGUACACCAAGAGGGGUGAAACGUAGAUUUGUUUAACUGGAAGCUCUGGAUUCACAAAUUUAAGGCUCCAUCCCAUACCUUAGUUGCGGCCCCUUUAUACACAUUGCUUAGUUUCCUCAUUUCUUUUCCCCCUUUGUACACACUGCUGGUUGCUCUACAUUGUUCAUGUUGUAACAUUCCUGAAACUUGAGCAGUUCAUGGAAAUUUAUUUGCUAUAUAUAAUAGGAGUUUAUCUCCUUUUAAUUUUUUAGUCUA